GGUGGAUUGAGCCGCGAAAUGAGGGGAAACCGAGCUGGAGCCCCAAAACGAUCGUAAUUUGCAGCUAAGACGCACGUGUUCUCCGCUCAGUCCCCACGACAUGGUCAUCCUUCGCUACUACGAUGUGCAGGCCCACUCCGCGGCCGAGGAGGAGAGUGUCCUGCGUCGGUUGCGCGAGGAGGACGCCGACGUGAUGUCCGUGCGCAUGGAGCGCUGCUAUCAUCUGGAGUACAGCGCUCAGGCAGAGCACUCACUGGUCCUGGACGAGCUGCUGGUGUGGCUGGUGAAGCAGCCGCUGAGCAAUGGCCAGAGCCUGUCCAGGCAACCUGCCCUGCAGUCGACUGGGUCGAGGCAAUUGCUUUUGGAGAUCGGGCCGCGCUUUAACUUCUCGACGCCGUACUCCACGAACUGCGUGAACAUAUUCCAGAAUCUCGGGUACUCCGAGGUGCGUCGCGUGGAAACCUCCACCCGCUAUCUGGUUACUUUUGGCGAGGGAUCAAAGGUGUCGGAGGCAGCCAAGUUUGUUCCUCUGCUCGGUGACCGCAUGACCCAGUGCUUGUACACCGAGGAGAACACCCCCAAGGCGAGCUUUGACGAGCAGCUUCCUGAGCGCCAGGCCAACUGGCAUUUCGUUCCCGUUUUGGAGGAGGGAAGGGCGGCACUGGAGCGGAUUAAUCAGGAGCUGGGCUUAGCCUUCAACGACUUCGAUUUGGACUACUACCACGACUUGUUUGCCAAGGAGCUGGGCCGCAAUCCCACCUCUGUGGAGCUCUUCGAUUGCGCCCAGAGCAACAGUGAGCACUCGCGCCACUGGUUUUUCCGCGGACGCAUGGUUAUCGACGGCGUGGAGCAGCCCAAGUCGCUGAUUCGCAUGAUCAUGGACACACAGGCCCACACGAACCCCAACAACACCAUUAAGUUCAGCGACAACAGCAGUGCCAUGGUGGGAUUCAAUCACCAGACCAUAGUUCCGUCCUCCGUGGUCGCUCCCGGCGCAGUGCGUCUGCAGAGCGUGCAGUCCGACCUGAUUUUCACGGCGGAGACCCACAACAUGCCCACUGCAGUGGCGCCUUUCAGCGGAGCCACCACCGGCACUGGCGGACGACUGCGCGAUGUUCAGGGCGUGGGCAGAGGAGGCGUCCCGAUCGCCGGCACCGCUGGCUACUGUGUUGGCGCUCUUCACAUUCCAGGCUACAAACAGCCGUACGAGCCUUCGGACUUUAAAUACCCUGCGACGUUUGCGCCCCCACUUCAGGUGCUCAUAGAGGCGAGCAAUGGCGCCUCCGACUACGGAAACAAGUUUGGCGAGCCAGUGAUCUCUGGUUUUGCCCUCUCUUAUGGACUGAACAGUGCUGCCGAUGCCAGCCAGCGGGAUGAGUACGUUAAACCGAUCAUGUUCAGUGGUGGCUUGGGCACCAUGCCCGCUACUAUGCGCGAGAAGCUGCCGCCGGCUCGUGGUCAGUUGCUGGCCAAGAUCGGGGGCCCAGUGUACAGGAUUGGAGUUGGUGGCGGCGCCGCAAGCUCCGUGGAGAUACAAGGAUCCGGAGAUGCUGAGCUGGAUUUCAACGCCGUACAGCGAGGAGACGCCGAAAUGGAGAAUAAGUUGAACCGUGUGGUGCGAGCCUGUCUAGAACUGGGCGAGCAAAACCCCAUUCUAGCCAUCCAUGACCAGGGGGCUGGCGGCAACGGCAAUGUCCUCAAGGAGCUAGUGGAACCAGGCUUUGCCGGAGCCGUUAUCUUCUCCAAAGAGUUUCAACUCGGUGAUCCCACGAUCACUGCCCUUGAACUGUGGGGUGCCGAGUACCAGGAAAACAACGCCAUUCUUUGCAACGCUGAUCAACGCGAACUGCUGGAGAAGAUCUGCCGCCGUGAACGCUGUCCCAUCAGCUUCGUGGGAGUGGUGACCGGAGAUGGGCGAGUAACACUGCUGGAGAAGCCAGCACACAAGGAUCUAGAACAGGCGUUGAAUGAGUCCAAUCGCAGCGCAGUCUCACCAUUUGACUUGGAACUUAAGUACGUUUUGGGCGACAUGCCCAAGAGAACGUACGACUUGAAACGCGAGCAGACGCCGCUCCAGGAGUUGAGUCUGCCGAAAGGUCUGCUUCUGGACGAGGCCGUGGAGAGAGUUCUUAGCUUGGUGGCAGUCGGUAGCAAGCGCUUCCUGACCAACAAGGUGGAUCGCUGCGUCGGUGGAUUGAUCGCACAGCAACAGUGCGUGGGACCGCUGCAAGCUCCACUCGCGGACUACGCGUUAACCACCGUCUCCCACUUUAGUCACUCUGGAAUCGCCACUUCAAUUGGUACACAGCCACUAAAGGGACUGCUUGAUCCCGCCGCAAUGGCCAGGAUGUGUGUGGCUGAAGCGUUGAGUAACCUUGUGUUUGUAAAGAUCAGCGAACUGGCGGAUGUCAAGUGCUCUGGCAACUGGAUGUGGGCUGCAAAGCUGCCUGGCGAGGGUGCCAGGAUGUUUGACGCCUGCAAGGAGCUCUGUCAGAUUCUUGAGGAGCUUCACAUCGCCAUCGAUGGCGGAAAGGACUCCCUGUCCAUGGCGGCUAAGGUCGGCGGUGAGACUAUAAAGUCCCCGGGUACUCUUGUCAUCUCAACCUAUGCUCCCUGUCCGGAUGUGCGGCUAAAGGUUACGCCUGAUCUUAAAGGACCCGGCGCGGGCUCUAAGACUUCCCUGCUCUGGAUAAAUCUGGAGAACAGCGCUCGCCUUGGAGGAUCAGCUCUAGCUCAGGCAUACGCGCAGCAGGGCAAGGAGACGCCAAACUUGACAAGGAGUGAUCUGCUUGGCAAAGCAUUUGCAGUGACUCAAUCGUUGUUGGGAGAAGGACUUCUUCAGGCAGGACACGAUGUCAGCGACGGAGGAGUGCUUGUUUGCCUAUUGGAGAUGGCUAUCGGAGGACUGAGUGGCCUCAAAGUUGACCUAUCGGAGCCCUUGGCCAAGCUUAAGAACUUCGACAAGUUUGUCGAGAAACUUAAUCGUCCCGAACUUGCUGUUCUCUUCGCCGAGGAGUGUGGAUGGGUGGUGGAAGUACUGGACACAGACCUGGAACGAGUUCGAUCCACCUACGAAAAGGCAGGAGUACCAAACUACUAUUUGGGCGUGACCGAGGGAUUCGGACUGGAUUCUAGAGUGUUACUCAAGAACGGCACGUCAGAGCUGCUGGACCAGCCACUCCGUCUGCUCUACAAGAAAUGGGAACGAACCAGUUACGAGCUGGAAAAGCUUCAGGCCAACCCCGAGUGCGCCGAGGCAGAGUACAAUAGCCUCGAGUAUCGCCAAGCCCCUCAGUAUCGGGGACCCCAGAAUCUGCAGGCCGAGCUUACUCUCAAGCGAUCCUCCGCCCCAGUUCGCGUGGCCGUGCUCCGUGAGGAGGGCGUCAAUAGUGAGCGCGAGAUGAUGGCCUGCUUGCUGAGGGCUAACUUCGAGGUGCACGAUGUGACCAUGUCGGAUCUUCUUCAAGGCACCGCAAGCGUGUCCCAAUACCGCGGACUGAUUUUCCCAGGCGGCUUCAGCUAUGCGGACACUUUGGGAUCCGCUAAGGGCUGGGCAGCAAACAUCCUACACAAUCCCCGCUUGUUGCCUCAGUUCGAGGCUUUCAAGCGUCGUCAAGAUGUCUUCUCCUUGGGCAUUUGCAAUGGUUGCCAGCUGAUGACACUUAUUGGAUUUGUUGGCAGUGCAGGGAGCGAGGUGGGCGCGGAUCCCGACGUGGCCUUGCUGCAUAACAAAUCGCAGCGGUUUGAGUGUCGUUGGGCCACCGUGAAGAUUCCAAGCAAUCGCUCCAUCAUGGUCGGAAGUAUGAAGGAUCUGGUUCUUGGCUGUUGGGUGGCUCACGGCGAAGGUCGCUUUGCAUUCCGCGACGAGAAGUUCAUUAGCCAAUUGCAGUCGGAACAGCUGGUGACAUUGCAAUAUGUUGAUGAUGUAGGCAAGCCGACGGAACUCUAUCCGCUAAAUCCGAACGGUAGUCCUCAGGGAAUUGCUGGCCUUUGCUCGACGGAUGGACGUCACUUGGCCCUCAUGCCACAUCCCGAGCGAUGCUCCUCCAUGUACCAGUGGCCCUAUGUGCCAUCUUCAUUCGAAGUUUCCCCCACACAGUCGGAAAGUCCUUGGCAGAUUAUGUUUAACAACGCGUACAAUUGGUGUGUCAAAUCAAAUUAAUAGCUAUUCUAGAUGAAUUGAAAGCAGUUAAAUACAUUCUUGGCAUUUAUGACCUGUUAUAUCUAUAUACAAUA